AGCUAAAGGCGCAAUUGAACUUGUGUUCUCAUUUAAAUACACAACCUAAAGGAGACAUCGCAUUUUGAGAUUGCCAGAAUCACCUUCCCUUACUCCUUCCUUCCCCAUACUCAAAACGGACUCGUAGUAUCUUUUGGCAAUGUGUCGUUUCAUGAGCAACACGGUGGUUGGUUUCUUGAACCUCCUCUCGCUCUUGGCUUCGAUACCCAUCAUCGGAGCCGGCCUGUGGAUGGCGAGGAGCGGUGCCACAUGCGAGCACACCCUCCAGACGCCGCUUCUCGUGAUCGGCUUCGUUAUCCUUGUUGUUUCUCUGGUGGGAUUCAUCGGGGCAUGCUUUAACUUGGUGUGGGCGCUCUGGGUCUACUUGGUGGUCAUGCUGUGCCUCAUAGCAGCCUUCAUGGCCUUCACCGCGUUCGGGUUUGUGGUCACCGCCCCUGGCGGUGGGGUGGCAGUCCCUGGCCAUAAGUACGAGGAGUACAGGCUCGAGGGGUACUCGACGUGGCUGAGGGGCAGGGUCAAGGACCCUCGCUAUUGGAGGACGAUCAGGAGUUGCCUUUUCAGGUCAAGGACGUGUGAGAAGAUUGCCUCUUGGACGCCUAUUGAUUACUCGGUGAAGGAUUUGUCUCCUGUGCAGUCGGGAUGCUGUAAGCCGCCGACAUCUUGCGUGUACAGUGGGGAGGUGGCGGUGGCGCAAGACCCGGACUGCUACAAGUGGAACAACGCGCCGACGUUGCUGUGCUACGACUGCGACUCGUGCAAGGCCGGAGCGAUCGAGGAGGCAAGGAGGAGGUGGCACAAGAUCUCGAUGCUCAACGUGGUCGUGCUACUGCUUCUCGUUCUGUUCUACGCGGUGGGCUGCUGCGCGUUCCAGAACGCCAGGAGAGAGGACGAUCUGUAUCAAUACCCUUACGGACGCGACCCUCGCGUGCCCAAAAUCUGGCCCGGGACGAGGCGGCACGACAGCUACUGGUGGUGUUGUUGAUCCGCAUAGAGAUGGGCUGCUGAUGAAACAGGGGCAUUGAGCGAAAAGCUGGUGGCUCCACCGUCCAACGCAUGCAUACAAGAACUAUGAAUACCGAGCGCAACACCUUUGUGUAUACCGUCAAAAUUUUCCCUCUAGGAAUCCGCAGUUAAUGUAGUAACUUCUUUUUG